UCUAUAUAUAUAUAUAAUCGAUACAGAAAUAACAGCUGUUUUGGAUCAUUUGAUACAUUUUCAUAAUGAAAGGAAAAAUUUCGGAUUGCAAAAUGGAUUUUAAACAAACAAAGGAAGACAGAAAGUGGACGGACGACAACACUUUUCUGAUGUUGUCGCUAUAUUCUGAAAGAAAGAACAAGUUUCGGAAGGGUAAAAAAAACAAAUGGAUAUGGGAGGAAAUCGCCAACGAACUGAAGCACCAUGGAAUGGAUAUCGACACCGUGCAACUGGAUCGAAAAUUUAGAAACCUUAAGAAAACCUAUGAAUACGUUCAGAAAAGGCAGAAAGGGAACAAAAGACCGCAUGAUGUAAAAUGGCGAUUCUACAACGAGAUGGAGGGCCUGCUGCAGGUUGACCCAGAAGCUGAGGAAGAGGAGAAUGAGGAAUCGGAGUCGUCCUAUAGUCAUUUGCCUAGCAUGGAAUGCUCUAAAGAAGAGCCCAUGAGCCCCCCUCCACCUAUACGCAUACGUCUAGCUCCUCAAAGAAAACCCCAACGUCUCAAUAGAACGUUUCCGGAUGAAUCGCUUUGCCAAGAAGAAGAAGGUCAAUCUUGCAGAGAUGAGAUAUCCAUCGACACGCGAGAAGAGGCCUUGAGACACUUGCGGGCACUUCAGGAAUACGCCAUGAUCCAGGAUAACUUCCGGGCCAUUGGGCUUCUAAUGCAGGCAGAACAGGCCAUCGAGUACCCGCCUAGCAGUAAAGAUUUUGAAGCAUAGUCAAUACAAAAUAGAAAUUUUAAUUUAUUUAGAGAUAUUUAAUUAUACCCUUAUGUAUUGUAUAAAGCUGAUCAAUGUAAACUUUUUGUAUUUUAGUAACGACUUUAAUAAAAUCAAGAUUGACUAUUUUAAAAUUAAA